UGAAGGUACUCUAGAAGAACCGAUCACAGGUCAGCCAGCCGUUGUGAAAGACCAAGGCAGCUGCAAUAUCGAGUUAUAUAAAAUACAAGAAUUGAAUUAUUGUGCUGAGUUGGUACCGAACUGAACGCGUCUAAGCAACCAACUGCACUUUUUUAACAGAUUCGGCAAUGGCGAUGAAAUUCGCGACUAUUGCCCUGGGCCUGCUCCAGCUGGCCGCAGCCCUGCCUGCCAACCCUGCACCCAACACUCUUGAAGACCUGUUGAUGGUCGAUGACACCGUCUCAGUGGGAUCGUACAUCAGAGAAACGCGAGCUGCUGCGCCGGAUGACUGGCACAAAUCAGUCCAACGGGAAGGUGACGGUGAGAUCGGAUACUCCCGUAAGAAGUCAGGGGGUGGAAAGAAAGGCUAUCAGCACUUUGAUUCCUACCACAAGAAAGCGGGAGACAACUACGAAUUUGAGAAGCAAGACUCCUACGGACAAGAGGAGAAAGGCCAGGAUGGAGCCUACAGCAACAACUAUGAAAGACUAGCUGAAAGAGAAAGAGAACCCGAAGAGUUGGACGAUGAAGAGGAUCAUCGCCCCAAGAAGAAGAAGCAGAAACAACGCAGUGACGAGACGCACUCAGAAUUAAAAGAGGGCGCGGAUGAUGGCAACGGUGGUGUCGAAGCUGUCGGCCAUGAUCCUAGAGACUACGUGCUUCCCGAGAAGUACACCUGGGGAGGCGAAGAUGAUGAAGAAUGAGGACAAUAGCAAUCUGUGAUAUUAAUGCUAGACUGAUAGAAUGUAGAGCAAAACUUUUUGUACUUUUUCUAUGUUAGAUGCGCCAUCUGUAAUCAGGUAUUAGUACUUCUAGGAUGGUGUUGUUAGCACUUUUAGACUUUAGAUAAGUAUUAAACGUGUGUACAUAUUUUAGAAGAUAUCUAAAUAAAUAAGUAAAAGUAGAAAGUUGUCCUGUUAUUUUAUUCUACACCAACAUAAAAGUGUAAAUACCGAUUUUGUGUGAAGUUCAAAACGGAGCGUUGUUACGUUUUGUUUCAAUAUUUUAGAGAUAUCAUUGGAUAUCAUACUUUUAGCCAAGCAUACACACCUAUGGGUAAAAAGCUUUGAAACUGAGGUUAAAUAUGGGU